GCUAAACUGCUGAUAAUCUCCUAAGUCCUAACCUCCUAUCUACUCUCUCAAGUAUUUUCCCUCGCAGUAGGACAAAAAACCAAUUCGAUAAACCCUAAAAUCAACCCUCUUUCAAUUUUCCCUCGCAAUUUCAUAAGCCCUAAUUUCUCUCUCCUCUUCUUCCCCCCCCCCCCCUCUCUCUCUCUCUUCUACAAUGGACACUUUGCAGAACACAUACAAAGACGAAGAAGAAGAAGAUGACCCAGAAAACAUCUCACCUAAUGAAACCACCCCAAUUGAAAACAACCCAAUUCCUGAAAUCAUUGCAACCGAAAAAAACGACCCAUCUGAUGAAGCCAAUUCAUCCCAAAAUAAUGACAUUGUUGUUUCAAACCCUAACCCUAACCCUAAUUUAGAUUCAAGCCCGAAAAUCUCUACCCAUGAACCCGAAUAUCAGCCCGAACAAAUGGUUGUGGAGUCAUCUGAGAAUCCGACGCAAUCGACUAUCAAGUCCGAAACUUUAGGGUCAGAAGAUGUCUCAUCUGAUUCAAUUUCUGAAGAUGAGCAAAAUCCAGAAAAGAAAUUAUUGGGGGAUGAAGAAGAACAAGAGCAAGAGGAAGACCCACCUUCAAAGAAGCAGAAAUUACUGUCCAAUUUUGAAAGUGAUCCAUCAGAUUCACCAGUGAUGCCGAAAACGGCACCGAUUAAUGGGAAUGGGAAUGGGAAUGGUGGUGGGAGUAGUAAGAAGUCUAAGAAGAAGACUAAAGGGAACAAUGUGUGGACGAAGACGACGUCGAGGAAAGGGAAGAAGAAGUCUAAGAACAAUAAUAAUAAUAACAAUAGCAAUAACAAUAGCAAUGCCAUUACCCCGAAAUCGGAGGACACAGUGUUGAUCACUCCGAUUCCGAGGUUUCCUGAUAAGAAUGAUGAUUCUCCGGAGUUGAAGAUAUGUCUUUCAAAGGUUUAUAAGGCGGAGAAGGUGGAAUUAGGUGAGGAUAGAUUGAGUGCUGGGAGUUGUAAAGGGUAUAGAAUGGUGAGGGCGACGAGAGGGGUGAGUGAAGGUGCUUGGUAUUUUGAGAUCAAAGUGGUUAGUUUAGGAGAGAGUGGACAUACGAGGUUGGGGUGGUCGACGGAGAAAGGAGACUUGCAAGCUCCGGUGGGUUAUGAUGGGAAUAGUUUCGGGUAUAGGGAUAUUGAUGGGAGUAAGAUACACAAGGCAUUGAGGGAGAAGUAUGGAGAGGAAGGUUAUAAAGAAGGUGAUGUUAUUGGGUUUUAUAUCAAUUUGCCAGAUGGGAAUUUGUAUGCUCCACAACCGCCUCGCUUAGUUUGGUAUAAGGGGCAGAAGUAUGUUUGUGCCCCGGACCCUAAGGAGGAUCCCCCAAAGAUUAUUCCUGGAAGUGAAAUAUCCUUCUUCAAGAAUGGGAUGUGUCAGGGCAUUGCUUUUAAGGAUUUGUUUGGUGGGCGAUACUUUCCUGCUGCAUCAAUGUAUACCCUUCCUAAUCAACCCAAUUGUGUGGUGAAAUUCAACUUUGGUCCUGAUUUUGAAUGUUUUCCCACAGAAUUUGAAGGUCGUCCACUCCCAAAGCCCAUGAUUGAAGUUCCUUAUCAUGGAUUUGACAACCGAGUUGAAAAUGGUGUAUUAGAAGAGAACAAACAUUAGGAUGUUUUGUGAAAGUUCCGUUGUAUGAAAAGCAUGAUAUUUUGCUCCUUAUUCCUGUCUUCUUUUGCUCUUUUGUCUUGAAAGGCAAUAGAUAGUCCUCAUGGAACUGUACAGGGUACAGAGAAUGAGGUUGUAUUAUGAUGAAUCUUUAAUCUAAUAUGCUCACAUGUUGAAUACAAUUGGCUAGUUUUAUUCGUUGCA